AAAUAAAUUUUGACUAAAGUUUUUGACUAUAAAUAAGAGGUACUGGCUCAACUAGAAUCAACUUACAGUUCGCCAUUCUGGGAACCGAUCAAAGGCGACUAACAGGAUGAGGACUGUACUGAGUCUUUGCGUUGUUAUUGCUGCUGCUUUAGCAUGCCCACUAACAGACAAAAAACCAUGUUGCUGUUGCGAUUUGCCUAAAAUAUGCCCUGCUACAUGGAACGUUAAGAGAUUUGAAUCCCAAUAUUCCACCGUCGCAUUCCAAGGAACAUGGAACGUACAAAUGGCAACACCAACAUACAUCAAAGGAAACAACCCAUUGAAAACCGGGCUGUUCUGUAACACUUAUCCAAGCACCAGUAAUCAAUUGAUAUUCGAGGAUACCACACCUUGUGAUAACUCUGACUACAACACCGAAUACGUAGUGACUGACAAAUCAUACAAUCUUUAUACACAAUGUCCAGAAACCACUAAAACAUUAUUCAGUCCAGCAUAUGGAAAAGAUAGCCAACAUGCAAUCUUUAACGUUGGUACAGAAAAAUAUUAUAAAAACCCAUUAACGGAAAAAUAUCCAUUCAUUGAUGACAAAUUAAUCAGACAUAAAAUCGAUGGUUCCUACAAGAGAGAAUAUACAAUCUCUGUAAUUGGUGCUGAUGAUUGCUGGGGAGAGUACAUGGUUUUGGCAGUUAUCAACCAAUACGACAACUUCUUCUGCGACAAUGAUUAUAUCAUCUGGGUUAUGACAAGAGAUGUUGCCCCUAAAUGGUGUACCUAUAAUAAAGCAUUCGAAGACAUUCAGAAGAGUGGACUUAACCCAUACCAUUUGAUAAGUAUUGAUCAUUCACUAGACAACUCAUUGCCUUCAUUACCUACUGCACCUUCAGUACCCACAAUGCCAACUGGUGAUGUCAAUAAUAUGGUACAUAAGACAUCCGUCGCUACAUCAACUACAAAAACCAUUAGUACUGGCUGUUCUUGUUCUUCAUCUUCUUCAAAAACAACAACAGAGAUAUCGACUGUUGUAAUCGAGAUAAGCUCAGAUUUCACUAGCACUUAUGACAUUGGACAAUGUGAUUUAUACAACGGUAUCCAAAUCUUGAAGAGCCUGGAUACUAAAGCUAUCAGACGUGCCUUGUCUGGAAAAUAUUACUUGGCCGAAGCAACACCUUGCUCGUAUUUCGAUAUCCCCAAUUCUAGAGUCGGAAUGUUAAAUACUGCUUUCCCUGCAUGCUCAAUGCAACUUAUUUUUGAUGAUGAAUGUAUGGAUAUGUGGGAUUACAACACUCCUCAUAUGGUGAUGGACCGUGGUUAUAACAUGAAGACCGGCGAAAUUCAAGAAACGAGAAGCUAUAUUUCUUCAGUGUAUUCUGAAGACCACCCAUACGGUUCAACUGUUUUUGCAAUGUAUUCUGAAGGAUAUUAUCCAGAUACAAUUGAAGAAUUGACUAAACUUAAAUUAGAUGGAAUGAUCUGCAAACAACCCUCAGAUAUAUACAAACAACAAAUCAUUGCAAGUGUUAUAGGAUACAAUGAAGACGAUUACCUAUUGUUGUGCCUUGCUAACCAGUACAAGAACCCAUUCUUUACUUCGGAACCAGUAUACCAAGUCUAUGCCUAUACAAGAGAUAGAAUUCCAUCCCAGAAAACCAUGAACAAUAUUAAUCAAGAAUUAUUGCGCGCUGGAUAUAAUCCAAAUUACUUGAUCAAAAUAGAUCAGACCACGGAAAUAGAUGUAGAAUACGUAUUUGAAACUUCAUAUUAUGAAUCGACAACUUCAUGCUGGAGUAGUAGUAGCAGUAGUUAUAGCGUGAAAACAUCUUCUUACUCAUCUUCAUCAUCGAGUUCGGCUGUUACCAUUGGGUGUUAAGUAAUUUAAAAUAUUAUUAUAUAUUAUGUCAAUACAUUCAAUUUAAUAAAUAAAUAUAAAUAUCAUGCAUUAUCAA